CUGUAGCAUCCAGCAGUGGUGUGGUACGGUCUAUGCUGCUCUGACGCGUUGCUGAGGAGGCUGCCUGACUGCGUACGAGGAGAUGUAUCUCGGUGAAGGGUGAACAGGGAAGGGGUAGGUAGGGAGGAUGUGAUGGCGAGAGAGAGUGAAGCAAGAGCACGUGAUUGGGUGAGAGGGUGGAGAUGCGCAUGGUGUGCUGAGGGUGGAGCUUAGCAUCAGGCAAUUCCUGCUCUCUGUUUCUUUCUCUCAUUUUUCCACUCACGUCUAGUAUGUUCACCUGCUCUCCCUUUCUUGUCCUUCAUCCUCCUCUUUGUGGGCUAUUUCAGUGGACUCUGUGUGUUCUUAUGGACUAUCAUCCGCUUCCUCCCAACUUGGUCUGAGCAACAGGGGGGCUUUCCAGGCACCAGCACUCCCUCUCUCGGUUUUCAUCCCCCUCACUCGGGGAGGGGGGGAGGACUAAGGGUGGGGGUGUAUAGCACCUCCUGGGGCAGUGUGGGGGUAAGACGGAGGCGGAUAGGUGUGGAGGGAGUAGGAGUGGUGAGGAUGGUAAUGCCGGCCCGUGGCUCUCCCUUCUUCCUGCUGCUACUGCUUCUCUGUAGGCUGUGUGUCUCAGGGGCACAGUCCUGCUUCCUCUUCUCGUCAUGAGCCUGGCAGCAAGGGUCUCCUGCUCUGUGCUCAACUGCUUUGGUGAAGAAGGACCCCCCAAUCUGGAGUAUAUCCAGGCCAAGGACUUGUUCCCUCCGAAAGAGCUGGUCAAGGAGGACGACAGCCUCCAGGUGCCGUUCCCAGCUCUGCAGGGGGAAGGGGUGGAGUAUCUAGGCCGAGCCGAUGACACCAUCAUCGCCAUCUCCAACUACAGGCUCCACAUCAAGUUUAAGGACUCCAUUAUAAAUGUGCCUCUGAGGCUCAUAGAGAGUGUGGAGAGCAGAGACAUGUUCCAACUGCACAUCAUCUGCAAGGACGCCAAAGUCGUCAGAUGCCAUUUCUCGACAUUCAAGCAGUGCCAGGAGUGGCUGAAGCGUCUGAACCGGGCCAUAGCCCACCCUGGCAGGCUGGAGGAUCUGUUUGCCUUGGCCUACCAUGCCUGGUGUCUGGGGGGCAGCGCAGACGAUGAGGACCAGCACCUACACCUCUGUAGACCAGGUGAUCAUGUCCGUCAGAGGCUGGAGAUGGAGGUGAGGAGGAUGGGCUUCGACAUGCAAAACGCCUGGAGAGUGUCCGACAUCAACCUCAACUACAAGUUGUGCUCCAGCUACCCCCAGAAGCUGCUGGUGCCAGUGUGGAUCACAGACAAGGAGCUGGAGAGUGUCGGCUCCUUCAGGUCCUCCAAGAAUCCUGUGGUGGUCUACAGGCACCAGAGGAACGGGGCAGUGAUCGCCCGYUGCAGCCAGCCAGAGAUCAGCUGGUGGGGCUGGAGAAACACAGAGGAUGAAUACUUGGUCACCUCCAUUGCUAAGGCCUGUCUGAUGGACCCAGGGGCCAGGGUCACCUGUGGGGCCGCAGCCUGCAGCCGGCCCCGAGGGGAGGGCCCAGACAGCUCCGACAGCGACUUUGACUCCUCUCUGACAGGAUGUUCAGGCCCUGAUGCCAACGCUGCGCCACAGAAGCUUCUCAUUCUCGACGCCCGCUCCUAUACCGCUGCAGUGGCCAACCGCGCCAAGGGAGGUGGCUGCGAGUGUGAAGAGUAUUACCCUAACUGUGAGGUGAUGUUCAUGGGCAUGGCCAACAUCCACUCCAUUAGGAACAGCUUCCAGUCCCUCCGAACAGUCUGUAGCCAGAUCCCCGACCCUGGGAACUGGCUUUCUGCUCUGGAGAGCACCCGUUGGCUGCAGCACCUAUCCGUCAUGCUGAAGGCUGCCACUCUAGUGUGCUCUGCGGUGGAAAGGGAGGGACGUCCUGCCCUGGUGCAUUGUUCAGACGGGUGGGACCGCACCCCACAGAUUGUGGCUCUUGCCAAGAUCUUGCUGGACCCCUUCUAUAGGACACUAGAGGGUUUCCAGGUACUGGUGGAGACAGAGUGGUUGGACUACGGUCAUAAGUUUGGCGAUCGCUGCGGUCACCAGGAGAGUGCUGAUGAUGUGAGUGAGAAGUGUCCUGUCUUCCUACAGUGGCUAGACUGUGUUCACCAGCUACUCAAACAGUUCCCCUGCUUCUUCGAGUUCAACGAGGCAUUCUUGGUCAAGCUGGUUCAGCACACAUACUCGUGUCUGUACGGGACGUUCCUGUGUAACAACAGGUGGGAGAGAGAGGCCCGCAACAUCUACAAACGCACCUGCUCCAUCUGGUCUCUGCUCCGCACCGGCAACAAGAACUUCCAGAACUUCCUUUAUAUUCCCUGUCAUGAUAUGGUGCUGCAGCCGGUGUGCCACACCCGGGCCCUGCAGCUGUGGACGGCCGUCUACCUGCCCACCUCCUCCCCCUGCACCGCUGCCGAGGACGCCAUGGAGCUCUACCUGUGCCCCUGCGCACAGGGAGAUGAGCUCACCUCACGAUCUCUCGACAGGCUUCCUAAGUCUCGCUCCAUGGACAGCCUGGUGUCGGCCUGUGAGAACGGGAUGGCCCUCACCCGCACCUCCAGCGACCCCAACCUCAACAAGCACUGCCAGGAGGGCCGUACUGCCCAUGGGUUGGAGCCUAUGGCUGCUAUAGGAGGAGGGGCCGAACCCGAUAGCCCCGAGGACGUCAGCCCUGACACGGGAUUGGACGACAAUGACUCGGAGGUGGAGCCUGUCACUCAGACUCCUCCUACCACACCACUGGAGAUGGAGCCAAGGGAAGAGGGCUUUGAGGAGGAGUUGAGUGAGGAGAUUUGUCUGACGACACAACCUCUGCCCUCCCUGCCCCUCCCCCCUGUCACUCUGGAGAAGGGCUUCCCCCAUCCCCCCCCUCUCCCCCUGCCCACACCCAUUCUCCUCCAUUCCCACCUCCAGACUACCAGCCCCCAUUGCCCUCCCCCUCCCUUGCCACAACAGGCGGCUGACAGCCACUACAGGACUGCUGAGGUCACUACCCACCCUGCCCGGGCAGCAGAAGCACGCCUACCUUCCCCACCUGCCUGGAAGGGCCCACUACCGGCAGCUGUUCUGAAUGGGCCUAUCACCAAUAGCCUCCAGAACAGACACUCAGCUUCUGCAGAGCUGCCGGCCCUCGAGCAGCUAGUUCCUUUAUUCCCUAUGGCCAUGGAAGACUCCACAGAGACCCUCACGGACAAAGCAGAGGCCCCACCAACACCGUCCCACAGCAGGAAAGAAAGUCUGGGCCAGACCCGGGCCCCAGAGUGGGCCUUACCCCAGGCCCAGACCCAGUCCCAGGCCCAGGGAGCGGAGAGAGAAGGGAAGAGGACAGGGGUUGUGAGUGGUAGAGAGUUGGUGCCUUUGAGAGAAUGUGUUGUAGCAGUACCAACAGUAGCAAUGGCCUCCGCAUCUACAGUGCCCCCUGUUGACAACAGCCAGGUAGUGGCGGUGCGACACCCGGUCUCCCAGAGCCAACUGAGUGUCAGUGAGGAGCUGUCUCUCCUGGGCUCCCACUGGGAGAGUGUCCAGGGCCUGGUCCAGUCCGCCUGCAACACCGCAGCCAGCCAGUCUGGCCUCCCAGCUAAUCUCUCCUCAGGUUUCUGUCAGGCCCUCCAGCCCACCGCCUACCAGAGUCGACGCCUGGCUGGCAAGCUGCUCCGUGCCCAGGGCAUGGCCGUGUCCAACGGGUUGCCUAACGGAGGUUCGCAGUGCUGCCGAAAGGAGAAGGAGGAAAGGGUCCGUGGCCCGGCUCCAGCCCCAGCCAGCUCCAGCACAGUCCAGUCAGGGUCAGGCUGGCUCUCUGCAGUCAGAAGCAGCUCAGGCUAUGCUGCCAUCUGCAGCCAAACCAGCACCAGCACUCCACCCACCUCUUCAACCCGCCAGUUCUUACCAGCCUCUCCCUUCUCCCCGCCCUCCCAGCCCCCCCCGGCCUACCUGGAUGAUGACGGGCUGCCGGUGCCCAUGGACGCGGUGCAGCAGCGUCUCAGGCAGAUCGAGGCGGGAUAUAAACAGGAAGUGGAAGUGCUGAGGAGACAGGUGCGCCAGCUGCAGAUGAGGCUGGAGAGACAGUACGGCAUGCCGCCCUCUGAGCCUGACGUCGACUACGAGGACGACAUUACGUGUCUGCGUGAGUCAGACGAUAGUGACGAGGAGGAAAGUCUGUCGGAUCACAGCGAGGACUGUUUCUCCGAGGGCAGCUGGGACAGAGUGGAGCAGAAGGACACAGAGGUCACCAGGUGGGUGCCCGAUCACAUGGCCUCCCAUUGUUUCAACUGUGACUGUGAGUUCUGGAUGGCCAAGCGACGUCAUCACUGCAGGAACUGUGGCAAUGUGUUCUGUAAAGACUGCUGCCACCUGAAGCUGCCCAUCCCAGACCAGCAGCUGUACGACCCUGUCUUAGUGUGUAACAUCUGCUAUGACCUGCUGCUGGAGGCUAGGAACAGAGAGAUCUGCAGCCAGCAGCUCAAGAAGCCCAUCGCCACAGCCUCCAGCUGAGAGACAGGAGAGGGAGCCCCUUACUGUGCUGGCUCAGUCUGGCCUGGCCUAGUUCAGUUUGGCCCGGUUAGGACCUGGAUGAGCAGCUUCUUGGAUCAGCUUGAGCCAUGUGCCCUGCUCCUACUACCCUAACAUGGUCUGGUCUUGGCUGUGUGGGAAGAUGAGGAGGACUUGUGGUUGCUCUGUGGCAGGGAGGCAAAACUUGAGAAUGGAGAGAGGCCACUGACCACUGGGGAUGAGAGACUGACUGAGGAGUGGAAGAGGAUAGGGGAUGACAGUGAAUUAACUGAGUGAGGGAGAUGGAUGAGGAAGAGCUGUUAUGGAGGCUAUCCCACUGAGUUGAACCCCUUUUGGUCUAACACAUUUCCAGCCUGGAAGGAAGGCUGCAGCGUCCUGCUGCCCUGCCCUGGGGCUAUUGUUCUCCACUGGUGCCUCAGAUACCCCCUGAUGCCCCAUGCCACCCCCCUGCUCCUGUAGCUCCAUCUCAAACCUACCUGAAUGUCCACCCCCAUUCUAGCGCAUCCCUCUCACACACACCAACCAACCACCCCAUAAUGUGCCUCCCCGCCCGAAACACACACACACACACACACACCCACCUACUCGCCUCCAAGGACAAUCUCUUGCCCUCCCAAGUGUUGGGGACUCCAAAGCCUUUACCUGUUAAAUGGAGGCUGAUGACAACUUUAACAAGAAAAAUAAAAAAUGCUGCUACAGUA